AUGGCCGAGAAUCAAAAUCAGCCCCAGUAUGCGCCCUGGUAUCGAUUACCGACGCGUCGCAUUGUAGCCGUGGAACAUCCCGGCAUUGUCCAAAAUGUCGACAGAGCAAUCAAGACGCUGCAGGGAGAUGCUGGUAUCUCCAAGAUACUGGACCCAUCCAAACCAAGCAGCAAAGUUCAGCUUUGCUUGCGCCCAGAGGACCCCAUGGCAAACACUAUGGAUUCAUUCAAUAGGCAGACAAACAACAUCCUUCUCAAAGUCACUGUUCCUAAAUGGACAGGGAGGAAACGAAAACGAGGCAGUGACGAACCCUUCACGGACAGUCAUUCCGGCACGCCCGAAGAGAUCGAAAAGGAGCGACGGAGCGCUGCAUUUCGGCAACGGAGUUUGAUGGAUAAUGCCCAGAAGUACUCUGUUGAAGCUAUAGGCACAGUUAUUAGGACGCACAAUUUUCGGAAAAUUCCUGAUUAUGUGUAUUCUACAUCGGCCAGCCCGUUUGUACGGAGAUUUCGAGAGACGAUUCUCUCUUCUGACUACGAGAAGAUGAGGAAAUUCGACAUUUCCAUGAGCAAAGGAGAGACGAAAAAUGUUGAUCUAAUCCCCCCACCUGCCUUGACCAAAACAUUCAUACCCUUCCAAUACACCUACCGUCAAAACCCAACAGUGAAACUGUCUCAAGACACAUCCGGCAACAUUACGGCUGUCAAUACUCAGAUGCCAAACAAAGUUUUCACCCAUCUUGUGACGUGCGAUAUUCCCGAAGUACCAUCUGAACCACGUGAAGGAAUCCCACCGAUUUCGAGUCUCGACCCCGAGCUCCAAAGCGUCAUUGCUACCGUCCAGGAACUCUUCAAAGAACGAUUGGCAUGGACUCGUCGCGCCCUACUUAAUGCCAUACCAGGUAAAGACCAACGAUACGUCCUGAAAUAUGCAAUCAGUUACGUGGGAUACAUAUUUCGCUCGGGACCAUGGCGUGACGCAAUCGUGAAACUGGGCCAUGAUCCACGCAAGGACGUUGAAUCUCGCAAGUACCAAACGUUUGUCUUUCGUGUAAUCGGGCGGCGCGAGCCAGAAGUAGGCCGUGACGGCGGUGGGAGUGCCAAGCAACAACCACCAUCGUCAAACAGUUCACGUAACUUCAGUGGUCUCGACAUCAGUUCAAUCCCUACAGUAACUCGCAACGAAAAUCCGACCAGUCACCUCUGGACCGGUAAAGCGCCCCUCGCUCUGGACGGCAAAAUCUGGAUGGUCUGCGACAUCGUAGACCCAAUCCUAAAACGAAUCCUCUACCCUCCCAACGCAGAUAACAAAACCUUCUUGCGGAGUGAAUGCGAAAUCUUCAGCGACGGCUGGUACGGCAGCGGCACCCUCGCAAAGGCAAAAGUGAUUAUGCGUCAAAAGAUCCACGCGUUGUCUCAGGAACAUCGUGAGCCUAGUGAUGCAGAAUAUGAGUGUCUGCUCGGAUUCCCGGACCAUAUUACCGAAGUAGACGGAUUGAAGUUAGAGAGAUUUCAUUUGGAUGCGGAAAAGGCGACGCCGAGAGAAACGAUGCUUGCGACGGAGGUGAGGGCGACAAUUAAGGGGGCUAUUAGCUGGAGGAUGUUGGGGGUUGGGUCAGCGAGGACGACGGCUGCUACUACCACUGCGAGCACGAUCACGUCGGCGGAGGCGGAAGAUGAGGAGGAGAGGGAGGCGACGAGGAGGGUUAUUGAGGAGGAGGAGGGGGAAGAGGAGGAAGAGGAGAAUGAAGAGGAGCCUGAUGAUAUGGAUGUUGAUGGGCGCAAUGACUGA